AUGGACAAGCCGCCCCUGACCCUCAGUGAAGAUGCCCGCCAGAGCCACGUGGUGGGAUCUGCACCGACAGGAGUGCGCCUCUCUGAUGUGCUGUCUACAUUACACCUGAAGGACAACUUUAGACAGAAGCUCACACUCAGCUCAGUCCUGGAGAUCAACAGUAACACAGUGGCUGAUGGACCAGCACAAAGUCUGGAGCAGCUCCCGUGGACCUUCUUAAGGAAACUGUUUAUGUCCAAUUUAAAUGCAAGAAAUAUCAAAUGUGCACAAGACCAGCCAAUGUAUGGUAAUAGUUUCAGUGUUUCUAAUGUUGAUUCUGAUGCCAUUAAUCCUCUAGAUUUGAUCACUGCUCUUUUCCACUGCUCAGAUCCUUUCCUCCAGCAGGAAAUGGUGUCCAAAAUGUCCAUGUGCCAGUUUGCUGUUCCUUUGCUGCUGGCAAACUGUGACACACAGCAGAGCACUCUGAUGCUGUGGGCCAUGAGAGACCUGGUUAAAAAGUUCAGACCUCACUCUCUAGCAGGUGACAGGACAUUUGUAGAGGGCAGGAUUGUAGAAAUGGACAUCCCCAUGGUGUCUUUUGUUAGACUAGGAGAGAGCAGUCUGCCCAAAUCUCAAACUCUGAACAAGUUGCUCAGUAAUCCUCAUCAUCACAACGACACAUUUCUUCACCGUGACAUGAAGUGUGGUGAUGUGCCCAGGAGAAUCUCAGAUGGUCUGGUUGAAGUCAGCUGGUAUCUACCCUGUGGGAGCACAAACAUUGACAUGUUCACACAGCCAGUGGCCAUAGCCAAUCUGAGAGGAGAUGGCAGGUUGUUUAAGACCCAGAUGUCCUUCCUGUGUCAGACCUCAGCUGCUGUUUUCAUCUUCAGUGAUGACCUAGAGGGAGACCUCAGCACUCUGAUCAACAGAGAGAGCAGAGCUGAGCUGUUCCUGGUCACCAACUCUCAGAGUAAGACCUUCAACAUGGAGACACUCAGGGAUAUAUGCAUGAAGCACAAGGUGAAGGAGAACAAUGUGAUCAUCAAGAAAAAGCAGAAUGAAGCAGAGUUUGUAAAGACUUUGCGUUUCCAUGUGAAUGGCGUCAUUGGAAAUGAUACAAUUAAAAUGAAAGUGGAAGCCAUGGCAGCUGUUGCUCAAUGCGUUGGUAUUGUGGUUGAUGAGGACUGCACUGAGUGUAGAAAUGCCAGAGCAAAUGCUGAAGGCAUCACUGGAAAAAUUCAGGAUGUUGUGGAAUUCAAGAAAGACCAGUUGCCCUUACAUGGUGAAAUCUGGAAGCAAAUCAGUCAAUUAGAAAAAGAGAACUGCAGAAUGUGGAAUGCAGGCAAAAACAUAGAGAGUUCACUCAAGACAAAAGAAGAAACACUCAGAGAGGAACAGCAGCAGAAGGCUGUCUCAGAAGCCAUGGGGAAAUUCCUUGUUGGAAUCUCAGAGUCAGGAGCACAGCGUCUCUACUUCCUGAAGUGGCUGAAGAUUCAGCUGGACACCUUCUCUAGACAUGAGCUGUCCACACUGAAAGAGCAGUACAAAGAUGUCUGUAGAAACACACCACAGAAUAAGGAGCUGAUUGGGAACUUAGAUGAGCAAAUCUCGAACUGCUCAUUGGGUCCUGAGCACUUCUUCCGUGAGCUGGGCCAGCUUUAUGAGUGUGCUUGCUCCCUUCCAGAAAACAACCCAGCCCGACAACAAGUCCAGCACCUACCUGCUCUGUGUGCUCAGAUGCUGCUGGAUGGAUUUCCAGUCGAGCUGCUCGAUGGAGACGCAUCAAACAUCCCAAUGAAGUGGAUAAAAGAGGUCCUGACUCAGCUACAUCAGCUGGUGGACACCAAGAGUAAGAUCCUGGUGUUGACUGUGCUGGGAGUGCAGAGCACUGGGAAGUCCACCCUUCUCAACACCAUGUUUGGAGUGCAGUUUGCAGUCAGCAGUGGAAGAUGCACCAGAGGAGCCUUCAUGCUGCUGAUUAAAGUCUCUGAGGAACUCAGAUCUGAGCUUAAGUGUGACUUCAUCAUGGUCAUUGACACAGAGGGCCUAAAAUCACCUGAGCUGGCAGCAUUGGACACAAGCUACGAACACGACAACGAAUUAGCAACGCUGGUCAUAGGGCUCAGUGACAUCACCAUCAUCAAUAUUGCCAUGGAGAACUCCACAGAGAUGAAGGACAUUCUGCAGAUUGUGGUCCACGCCUUUCUCAGGAUGAAGGAGGUUGGGAAAAAGCCCAGAUGUCUGUUUGUGCAUCAGAACAUGUCAGACAUGUCUGCUCAUGACAGCAACAUGAGAGACAGGAAGAAGCUGAUAGAGCAUUUGGAUGAGAUGACCCAAAUAGCAGCUAAAAUGGAGAGAAGAGAAGCCAACACAAAGUUCACUGAUGUGAUGGACUACAAUCCUGACAAAGACAGCUACUACAUCCCUGGACUUUGGCAUGGAACUCCCCCAAUGGCCCCAGUGAACGCUGGCUACAGUGAAGCUGUCUAUGAACUCAAGAAGAGUUUAAUUGGCUCCUUAAAAACAUCUGAUAAUAUCAGGAACAAUGAUGCAACAAACUUCCUCAAGCGGACUGAGGAUUUGUGGAAUGCUGUGACAUUUGAGAACUCCAUUUUUUACAUCAGGAACAGUUUGGUGGCAGAUGCAUACACAGAUUUAGGCACUCAGUACAACACUUGGGAGUGGUCUUUCCGAUCUGAGAUGAACAAGUGGCUUAUAACCAAGGAAACAAUGAUAUCCAAUUUUGUCGUGUCUGAAAAUAAUGUCCAAAUGAAUCUUUUACAUAUCAAGCUCAGAGAGUGGAUACAUGAGGCAUCAAAGAAGCUGGAUGAAGAAAAGCAGACAAUCGUGUCCAACCUUGACACAUACUUUCAGCAAAAGGACGGCAAAGUCAGUUUAGUAGAGAGAUAUAGACAUGACUUCCGAACAAGUGGCAACUCUCUCAGACAACAGAUGGAAACAUCUAUAAAACACUCUUUGGAGAAGGCUGUUGAAAUCAGAGAGGGAAUGGAAAAAGUGAAUGAAAUCAAGGACAAGCAAAUGGAUAUAAUUGAGAAAAAGGUCCUUGAGUUGCUUAAAGGGUGUAAAGAGAGAAAAGCAGAUUUCUCUACGGAUGGACUCACCAGAGAAUUUGAGAAAAUGUGGGAAGGAAUCAUGUCUGAGCUAUCUGCAGUCAGACUGCCAGAGAUAAAUGUUUAUCAGGAUGUGCACCAUCUGCUCUGGUCAAAUUUAAGUUCAAAGGGUGGAGAUGUCUCUGUAUUUGACCUGAAAUGUAGUGGGCAGGGGACAUUCAUUGUUAAAACUGACUGGUCUUCAUAUGGAAAGAAAUAUUUUCGUGCCAUAUCAUAUCUCUGGAGGAAUCCCUUAAUUGAUAAAAUCCAAGAGAUCUGUGACGGUAUCAUCAGACACUGUGACAGUCUUAUUUCAGAUCACAUAAGUGCCAUGAAGAGAAACAACACAGACUACCAUGAGACGUACAUCAGAGGCCUCCUCAAGGCUGUUGAUGACCAGCUGAAAGAUCACCAGAUUAGUGAUGAAUGUGAAGCUUCUCUUAAGGUUCAUGUCUGUGGCCGUGCAGCGAUGCUCUUCCAGGAAGCACACAAGGAAUUCAAUGUCCACAAUGACCCACAUAAUCGUCUGAUGGAGUCUAAACCCACAUUUCUGGAGAACUUCUUAGAAUUGUUCAGUGAAAAAGAUCAGUGCCAGAAGAGAGCCAAACAAUUCACAGAGACCUGUGUGAAGCCAGCAGUUCUGGACUACGUGUCUAAACAUCUUGGGCAGGCAAUCGCAGAUCACAUGAAGAUGGGAGAUAGGGGUGUGACCUACAACACCCGUACUGACAUGCAUUAUGUCCUUUUGAAGCAGCUGCUCGAUGAGGACUCAUUUCAGAAGUACUUGGACUACACAAGAUCAUAUGAGAUAUUUGUGGAAAACUGGAUAAAGGAACAAAUCAUUAAGGAAAUGUCAUCAGCUGGACAAAUGCAAGAACUGGAGAAAAACCUCCUUUCUGAGAUUGUAAAGAAAAUAACUGACACGAUCUCAGAUGACAGCAUCACCAAGAACAUGGACAUAAAGGUGUUCAUACGACAGUUCUGCUCUGAUCUUAAGGAUCAGCUGGUCUUCCCAAGAGAUGCCUUAGACGACUUUUUGAUUCUCAUCAACGCCAAGACAGACCAGUUUGCCAUCAACCUCAAGGAGUUCAUUGAGGAUAUGGAAUUGCAUCUAGUUCAGGGGUAUGCCAACAAAACAGGCACCUCACACAUCACUGAAAGAAUUACAGACCUGCCCUCUAAACCCCAUGAGCUGCUCUUCACCAGACUGUGUGGAUGUGGGGAACAGUGUCCCUUCUGUGGGACACCCUGUGAAGCAGGAGGUCAGGACCACAAAACACACUUCUCCAGCAUGCACCGACCUCAAGCUUUUGGACAGUAUAGAUGGAAUACCUCCAAGAAGCUGGUGACAGACAUUUGUACAACUUUAGUGAUCAGUGAUACAAAAUUUAAGAAUUCAAAAACAGGUGAUAAAUGGCAUCCCUAUAAGGAGUACAGAGACAUCUACCCUGACUGGGAGAUCACAGGAGAUUCUAGCACAGAGGCCUCAGACUACUGGAAAUACGUGCUGAUGAAGUUCAACAAUGAGUUUGCAAAAGCUUACCGUGCACAACCUGCAGAUAUCCCACAUGCCUGGAGAACACUGACAGCAGAGGAUGCACUGAGAAGCCUGAGAGAGUAA